CCAAAAGAACCUCGGAUCAGAAGUAAUUUUGAUAUGCAAUUUGCAACAGCGUAUAAAAUAAUGAUUGCAUUGGAUAUUGAAUUGAAUCGUAAAUUCAGAACACACGAUACGCGCAUGCACGUUAUGAAUCCUCGAUUCUCCCCACUUUUGUUCUUGGUAUCGGGAUUUGUAAAUCGGACUGAUUUUCACUUAGAGAGCUGGAGAUUAUUCACCGACGUACGCGAGAAGAAAUUGAAAACGAUGUCGAGCCCCGUGGUGAUUGCGGCUACCACAAGGCACACGGCUACGCUUAUUUUUCUUCAUGGACUUGGGGACACAGGACAUGGCUGGGCUAGUUCAUUGGGCUCCUUACGGCCAGCACACGUUAAAGUUAUCUGUCCAACUGCACCGACGAUGCCAGUUACAUUAAAUCAAGGCUUUAGAAUGCCGUCAUGGUUCGAUCUACGGUCAUUGGAUGACAGUGGUCCAGAAGACGAAGAAAGCAUACGCAAGGCAGCUGAUAUUGUGCAUUCCUUAAUUGCAAGUGAGGUAGCAGGUGGAAUAUCAACCGAAAGGAUUGUCCUUGCUGGGUUUAGCCAAGGUGGAGCAUUAGCUUUGUUUAGCGCUCUUACAUUUCCCCAACCAUUAGCAGGAAUUAUCGCUUUAUCAACUUGGCUCCCUCUCCGUGCAAAGUUUCCACAAGAAGCGGUAGGUAAUAGAAAUACACCUGUUUUACAAUGCCACGGAAACUGCGAUCCACUUGUUCCGUAUAAGUGGGGACAAGCAACUUCAACUUUACUGAAGCAGUUUAUGACUCAAAUUGAGUUUAAAACAUACGAAGGAGUUUCACAUGCAUCAUGUGACGAGGAAUUGCAAGAUAUAAAGGAAUUUAUUGAAAAGUUAAAAAUUUUAAGCAACAUGAUUCCAGAAUUAAGUUAA